GUCCUUUUGAUAAAGCUGCAGAUAAACUCUUUAAAAGUCUUCGCGCAAUUAACAAUACAAGCACUGAGACCAGUAAAGUUGAAAAAGCCAGCAGUUUACUGGAUUUUGUUAAGGCGAGAGAUAGAUCUUCAUCGGAUAGAGCAGGAAAAAAGAAAUUUGGAGCUUCAAAAGGCAAUCCUUCAAAAUUAGCUAUUAAUGGCGUUAUUCAAGCUGUAAAACACGUUCAACGUUAUGCUGGUGCUCUGUGUGAUAGUGCAAUUGUAACCUUGAAACUUGCGUCCAAACCUACAGUAUUGGUAGAAAAGGAAGUCUUGGAUAAUGAAAUUACUCUAACAAGUCAAAGCCAUGAUGAAAAUGACUCUGAUUUUCAUAAGCAAAAACGACGUCGAUCUAAAAGUGGAAAAACAAAACCAGACUAUUCUGAUCAAAUGUUUGAAGAAGAGAACGAUUUUAAAGUCGAAACUCGUAAGAGAUCUAGAAAUAAUGUUGACAAUGUUUUCGAAGAUCAAGAAGAAUUAGGAGAUGGAUCAAGUUUCGUUUCGGAAGAUGCGCCAUAUCCCCGAAAGAACCAAACAAGACCGUUUAAGGUGAUUUCGGAAAUGUUUAAGAAAGACUUUAGAAGAUGUGCAGACGAUUAUAUAAAUUCAGAGGUGAAGACGAUGUUGAUUGAAAUAGGGAACAUUUCGGAUGUUUCUGCAGCAAAAAGCUUUGUAUCUAAAUACAAAGAAUUGGAAUCAUUCGAUUUUGAUUUAGCUUCAGUAAUUCAAAAUGAUAAACAAAAAAUUAUAGUAUUGAUGCAAAAUCAAAUAACAAAGAUACAUAAUCUUUUGAAAGAAGUUGAUAGAGAAGAUGAGAUUAAAGAAAUUGAAGUAUAUGGUAUUGUUACAUCAAGUAAGUAA